AUUAACUAUUAACUAUUAACUAUUAACUAAUACUAAUACAGUACAUUAAUUUUUUUGGAGAUUUCCUGCACGCAGUCCGGCAAUAUUGAAAAAAUUGUCACCCACCACCAGCUGGUUGAUAACGACUAGUUUAAGUUCUAGUAAGUUAAUUAGAGCUAGCAUCUCGUAAUGUCAGAUAGCUCAAGUAAUCAGUUAAAGCAGGAAUUGCACGACGAUGAGUCGUUGCAGAGAUCGAAUUCCGGUACUGAUGUGACUGUGGAGUCGGAUAAUCAAUCUCGAGGAAAUAAGCGUACUAUAGAUGAUGCGAAUGAUGAUGAUGAUGACGAAGAAAAUCAACAUCAGGAUGAGGAACAAGAAGAUGAAGAUGGAGAUGAACAAGAGGAUGAUGAAGAUGAUGAUGAUGAAGAAGUUCCUAAUCGUAAGAGAAAGCGGAGAAGAGCCAAUCAAUUUAUUGAUAUUGAAGCUGAAGUCGACGAUGAAGAAGAAGAUGAAUUAGAUGAAGAUGAUGAAGAAGCUGAACUUCUUCGAGAACAAUUCAUUUCUGAUGACAGAGCUGCGGAUGUCAAUGAAGAAGAUCAACAAGAUGAUAGACUUCAUCGACAAUUUGAUCGUCGUCGUCAAGAAGCAGAAGAUCAAGAUGCUGAACAACUUGCAGAAACAUUAAAACAAAGGUAUAGAAGAACUCAUACAGUAUAUAGGGGUGAUACUACCACUAGUGGUACUGUUUCUCAAAAACUUUUGAUGCCAUCUAUAAAUGAUCCAUCUAUUUAUGCUAUAAGAUGUACACCUGGUAGAGAAAAGGAUUUAGUUCGAAGAUUAUAUGAUAAGAAAAGGACUUUAGAAAGAAUGAAUACUCCAUUAGAUAUUUUAACUGUAUUUCAAAGAGAUUCAUUUAGAGGUUACAUUUAUAUUGAAGCAAAAAGACCUGAUGCAAUUGAUAAAGCACUUACAGGAAUGGUUAAUGUUUAUGUAAGAGAUAAACUUUUAGUUCCAGUUAAAGAAUAUCCUGAUUUAUUAAAACAAGUUAAAUCUUCUGAUGUUGAAAUUGUUCCUGGAAUUUAUAUUAGAAUUACUCGAGGUAAAUAUAAAGGAGAUUUAGCUAUGGUUGAUAAUCUUUCUGAAAAUGGUUUAGAUGUUCGAUGUAAAUUAGUUCCAAGAUUAGAUUAUGGAAGAAAUGAUGAAAUUGAUAGAGAUGGUAAAAAAAUAAGACUGAAACUUCGUCCUUUACCUCGACUUUUCAGUGAACAAGAAGCUAGAACUUAUGAUUCUGAAUCUUUUCAACCUGGUAGAGGUCCAAGAAAUUUUAUUUAUAAAGGUGAUGAAUAUAAUGAAGGAUUUUUAUAUAAAGAUUUUAAAAUUCAAUUUAUUCAAACUAAAGAUAUUCAUCCAACUUUAGAAGAAUUAGAUAGAUUUCAAAAUAAUGAUGAAGAUGGUAUUGAUUUAUCAGCUAUUGCUGCUUCAUUAAAGAAUAAAAAUCAAUCUGAAGGUAAACUGUCAACAUCAUUUCAACCUGGUGAUAAAGUUGAAAUUCGUCGUGGUGAAUUAGCUAAAACAAUUGGUUUAGUUGUUGAAGCUUCAUUAAAUGAAAUUACUAUAUCUGUAACUGAUAGUGGAGAUCCAAAAUUUGAUAAUGAAAAAUUAACUGUACCACCAAGUGAUUUAAGAAAAAUAUUUUAUGAAGGUGAUCAUGUAAGAGUUGUUGAAGGUAAACAUUUUGAUGAAACUGGAUUAGUUAUUAAAGUUGAUGGAGAUUCAGUUGUACUUGUUAGUGAUCAAACAAAAGAAGAUGUUCGAGUAUUUGCAAAUUAUUUAAUUAAAGCAUCUGAUGCAACUCUGAAUAUGAAUAGUAUUAAUAGUAAAUAUGAUAUUAAAGAUUUGGUACAAUUAAAUGUAUCAUCAGUUGGAGUUAUUGUUAGAUCAGAAAGAAGUUUUUAUCAAAUUUUAACCUCAGAUGGUAGAUUAAUUGAUGUUAAACCUUCAGGUAUUUCAUCUAAAUUAGAAUUAAGUCGUCGAGAACAAGUAUCUACUGAUAAAAAUGGAUUUACUAUAUCAGUUGGUGAUACUGUUAAAGAAGCUUUAGGUGAUAAAAGAAGAGAAGGAGUAAUUUUACAUAUUUAUAAGAAUUCCUUAUUUAUAAGUCUGAAAGAAAUAGUUGAAAAUUUAGGUAUAUUUGUUACAAAUAGAAUGAAUGUAACAACUGUUUCAACAAAAGAUUCAAUGGUUUCAAGAAAUUUAGGUCCAGAUUUAAAUAGAAUGAAUCCAAAUUUAAAAGUUCCAAGUGCUAUAUCAGCUGUUAAUUCUGCUCUUCAAACAAGAGCUGGUGGACGUGAUAAAUUAUUAUAUCGAGAUGUAGCCGUUAGUAGAGGAGCAUAUAAAGGUUUAAAGGGGAAAGUUAUUGAAGCUGAUGAUAUAUAUGCUAGAGUUGAAUUACAUACUAAGAGUAAAAAAAUUAAAGUUGAAAAGCAAGGAUUACAUGUACUUGAUCGUGGUGAAUGGGUUCCAUACCUUAAAUUUAUUGGUGCAGCAGUUGAUACACAAAGAGAUUUCAAUAAACCAAGAGCUCCUGCAUUUACAUCAGGUGAUAGAUCUACUUGGAAUGGUGGAACUACUCCUGCUGUUGGUGCAGGUGCUGCAUCAACUUGGGGUGGUGAAACUUCUUCUUGGGCUGGAGGUAAGACUCCUGCUUAUGGAAGUCAAUCCACUUGGGGUGGAGCUUCAGCCUGGGGUGCUAAUAAUAAUAAUAAUAAUAAUGGUGGUGGUGGUAGUAGUGGUGGUAAUUCAGCUUGGGGUUCCAAAGGUGGAUCCUCUAGUUGGGGAUCUAAUAGUAGUACUGGAGGAAAUUCCACUUGGGGUAAAGGAGGUAAUUCCACUUGGGGUUCUACCAAUAAAGGUGGUAACUCAACUUGGGGUCAAGGAGGUAAUUCUACUUGGGGUUCUACUGGUGGGAGCUCUAGUUGGGGAUCUCAAAACAAUAAAGGAAACAGAAGUAGUUGGGGAAAAUGAUAACAUAAUAACUUUGUAAAAUGCAUAAAUCGUUUGU